GGGCUUCUUCGCUGGAGAGGCUUCGCCAGGCUGUGGAGGAGGCAGAGCGCGGAUGCUGGCAGCGCCGGCAGAGGAUGCUCUGGGAGUGAGCCCCGGCUGCGGGCUGCAAGAGAGUCGCUCUGCCAUGGGCAGCCAGGUACCUGCCUGAGUGGCCCUGCCCGCCAACUUCUCUGCUCCUCGUGUUCUUCCGCUGAGUGCCCGAGGUUGUCCGAGGCCAGAGGAGGAGGCCCCCUUCCCCCGCCAUCCCUCCAGCUAGCCAGGGAGCCUGGGCACAGAUGCCCCCAGGAUCUGUCUGUGCCAGCGCUGAGCGAGUGUGAGUGGGCUCCGGCAUCCGGCAGAGGAAGAGAAAGCGACAACACACCAACCACCGCUUGUUAAUUUGCAAGGAGAAGGGGAGGGAAUCCGUUUAAUUGGCUUCGUUUGAGAGCUGCUUGGCAGGAGCCUCCAGAAGAGGGGGGGGCAGGCCUCCUCCAGGUCACACUCCCCAGGACUGACCACGCCAACUGCGGACUAGGACUCCAUGCCCCCCAAGCGGAUGCGCUGGGAGCAGGCGACGCCCCAGAGCUGAACAGGAGCCGGGAUCCUUGCCUGAGCCCCUGGUGCUCUUCAGCCAGCCCUUUGCCGCUCCUGCCCUCGAGCUGAGGCCUGCCAGUGGGGGCUUCCUGGCUGGAACUCCAAGCCGAGCCCCCCCCCCCCCAGGGUCCAGCUGUCCUCCCCCAGCUGCUGCUGAUCCUGCCUCCUGACCAAGAUGAAUGAGCUGCUUGACCCAGCGUCCCAGGCCAACCUGGGUGUGGUCUCCGCCACCUGCGUCUCCAAGGUGGAGCUGCGGGUCAGCUGCAAGCACCUGCUCGAUCGGGACACGCUCAACAAAUCGGACCCCUGCGUGGUGCUCCUGAUGCAGUCCCAGGGGCAGUGGAUGGAGGUGGAGAGGUCCGAGGUCAUCAAGAGCAACCUGAACCCCACCUUUGCCAAGGUCUUCAUGGUGGAUUAUUACUUUGAAGAGGUGCAGAAGCUGCGCUUCGAGGUCUACGACAUUCACGGCCACAGCAGCAUCGGGACACACGAUGACGACUUCCUGGGGGGCAUGGAGUGCACCGUGGGGCAGAUCGUGGCCCAGAAGCGAGUGAGCAAGCCGCUCUUUCUGAAGUACGGCAAGUGUGCUGGCAAAUCCACCAUCACAGUGACUUCUGAAGAGAUUUCUGGGGACAAUGGCUUCGUGGAGCUCUUCUUCCGUGCCAAGAAGCUGGAUGACAAGGAUCUGUUCAGCAAAUCAGAUCCCUUUCUGGAGAUCUACCGGAUCAAUGAUGAUGGCAGUGAGCAGCUGGUACACCGCACUGAGUUUGUCAAGAACAACCUGAGCCCCAUUUGGGAACCUUUCAAAGUGUCUCUGAACUCCCUGUGCAGCUGCGAGGAGAAGCGGAAGCUGCGGUGUGUGGUCUUUGACUACGACUCCCGAGGCAAACAUGACUUCAUCGGAGAGUUUUUCACCACAUUUGAGGAGAUGCAGAAAGCCAUGGGGGGCAAUAAGAUCCAGUGGGACUGCAUGAACCCCAAGUACAAGCUGAAGAAGCGAAACUACAAAAACUCAGGUGUGGUCAUUCUCUUAGAUCUGAAGAUCCACAGAGUCUACUCGUUCCUGGAUUACAUCAUGGGCGGCUGCCAGAUCCACUUCACGGUGGCCAUCGACUUCACAGCCUCCAACGGGGACCCCCGGAACAGCUGCUCUCUGCACUACAUCAACCCUUACCAGCCCAACGAAUACCUGAAAGCACUGGUCGCCGUGGGGGAGAUUUGCCAGGACUACGACAGCGAUAAGAAAUUCUCAGCCUUGGGCUUUGGAGCCAGGAUCCCACCAAACUAUGAGGUCUCCCACGAUUUUGCCAUCAAUUUUAACCCAGAAGACGAUGAGUGUGAAGGAAUCCAGGGUGUGGUGGAAUCCUACCAAAGCUGCCUGCCCAAAAUCCAGCUCUACGGGCCAACCAACGUGGCCCCCAUCAUCUCCAAAGUGGCCAGAGUGGCGGCCGAGGAGGAGAAGACGAAGGAGGCCUCGCAAUACUUCAUCCUGCUCAUCCUGACCGACGGGGUGGUGACCGACAUGGCGGACACGAGGGAGGCCAUCGUCCGCGCCUCCUACUUGCCCAUGUCGAUCAUCAUCGUGGGCGUGGGCAACGCUGACUUCACCGACAUGCAGAUCUUGGACGGGGAUGACGGGAUCCUGCGUUCCCCCAAGGGGGAGCCGGUGCUGCGAGACAUCGUCCAGUUCGUCCCCUUCCGAGAGUUCAAGAACGCAUCUCCUAGCCAGCUUUGGCCAAGUGUGUCCCAGCAGUGUGCCUCAAGCAGGUGCCAGUCCCUCCGACUGGAAGCAGAUGUUUCAAGGAAGAAGGAAUUGGAGACUCCCUCAGAGCUUCCUAGUGCCACAACGAGUCAGCUUCGCUGGAGCGGAGCUGGCUCCCUCGCUUCCAUGAUGUCUCACCACCGAGCCCACGUCCCUGCCAGAGCACCAGGACUUCUAGACCUGAACUUGCCCCCAAGGUCCUUGGCUGGGCCCAGAUGCAGAGACCACCAACGCAGCUCAGAGAGCAUCGCUUUGCCGUGUGUGGUGGCACGGAGGAUUCCAACUGCCAUUGACCUGCAUGCGGGGAAGAAAGCAGAACUCUUUCUGUGUGAAGACAACCUCCGGCACCCAUCCAUCCCACCCCUCAAGUGUCACUGGAGUAACCAUCUCCAGGGCCCUUUUUCACCCACCACCUUCUGUGUCAUGGGUCUUCGAUGUUAA